AUGAGCAGCGACGGGGAAGCGGUGGUGCUCGUUUCUGCUGCAAGGACCCCGGUUGGAUCCUUCAACAGUACAUUGUCUACCUUGCAUGCCCAUGAGCUCGGUUCCGUAGCUGUGAAGGAAACCUUGAAGAGGGCAAACAUCAAGCCUGAAGAAGUAUCUGAAGUUAUAUUUGGACACGUCUUGGCAGCAGGUGCUGGUCAAAAUCCUGCUCGACAGGCCAGUGUUGGUGCGGGGAUACCAUAUGAGGUACCAGCUUGGAGCUGCCAAAUGAUAUGUGGUUCAGGCCUAAAAGCCGUCUGCCUGGGAGCUCAAUCCAUUAUGACAGGAGAGUCCAGUAUCGUGGUGGCUGGAGGCAUGGAGAGCAUGAGCAAGGCGCCCCACAUCGUUCAUAUGCGCAGUGGUGUGAAGAUGGGAGAGGUCUCUUUGCAGGACAGUAUUAUCCUAGAUGGUUUGACAGAUGCCUUUUACCACUACCACAUGGGUAUAACUGCUGAAAAUGUGGCCAAGCAAUGGAAAGUCAGUCGAGAGGAGCAAGACCAGCUUGCUGUAAACUCCCAGAACAAGGCUGAGAAUGCCCAGAAGGGUGGCUAUUUUGAGAAAGAGAUUGUCCCUGUUUUUGUUCCUUCCAGGAAAGGUCCUAUUGAAGUGAAGGCAGAUGAGUACCCCCGCCAUGGUAGUAACUUGGAAGCGAUGGCAAAACUAAAGCCACACUUUGUGACCGACGGAACAGGAACUGUGACCGCAGGAAAUGCUUCAGGUAUUAAUGAUGGUGCUGCAGCUGUAAUUCUAAUGAAAAAAACUGAAGCACGUAGACGAGAUCUUACGCCUUUGGCACAGAUUGUGUCUUGGGCCCAAGCUGGUGUAGACCCUUCUGUAAUGGGGAUGGGACCUGUCCCAGCCAUAAAGAAAGCUGUUGAAAAAGCAGGUUGGACAAUGGACCAAGUGGACUUGUUUGAAAUUAAUGAGGCCUUUGCUUCACUAGGUGUAGCAAUAACAAGAGAGCUAAAACUGAACCCCGAAAAGGUUAACAUUGAAGGUGGGGCUGUUGCUCUUGGUCAUCCUCUGGGAGCAUCUGGGUGUCGCAUCCUUGUUACUCUGGUGCAUGCACUGGAGCGAACAGGCAAAAAGCGGGGAGUUGCUGCUUUGUGCAUAGGAGGAGGGAUGGGUAUAGCUAUGUGUGUAGAAAGAUAAUGGAAAUCUUUCCUUACUUCUGUAA